AUGAUGGAAGGAAUGGAUGACGAUGCUGGUGGCAGCAGAUCCUUCGAGCAGCAAUCUGCAACCUUCAAACGAGCGGUUCAGUAUUGGCUGGACAAAUCUACGAUUCAUAUUUUGCCAAGGUGGGUAUGCUUCGCAGUGAUAUUUGCCCUCUUUUUCAUUCGAGUCUACCUGCUGCAAGGAUACUUCAUUGUCGCCUACGGAUUGGGAAUCUUCCUCUUGAAUAAUUUCAUUGCUUUCUUGUCUCCACUGGAGGAUCCAGUGGACGAUGGACCCGGUUUGCCAUCCACAAACCGAGAAGCCAAAGAGUAUCGACCGUUCACACGUCGACUUCCCGAGUUCAAGUUUUGGCUGGCAUGUACCCAAGGGACCGGUACCUGUCUUAUGAUGACCUUCUUCUCCAUCUUUGACGUACCCGUCUUUUGGCCCAUCCUAUUGAUGUACUUCUUCGUCCUAUUCUUCAUGACCAUGAGGCGACAAAUUAUGCACAUGUACAGGCAUAGAUACGUGCCAAUCAGUUUUGGCAAAGCAAAGUACAAAGAUGCGGGGGUGGAAAACUCCAUGUAUGGUGGAGGCAUGUCCAAAGGGAAAUAA